UGAAACCAGGAAGCCAGCAGUGACAUCACUUUCCAGAAUUCCCCCCUCGGUAUCGUCUCUGCGACUGAGAGCCGCACGGACCCAGGCAGAAAAACAAAAAUACGCCAGUGAGCUGUCGUCUGAGCGAUCGGGUGCACUUUGAAGCCAAGGAACUAAAGAUCGGCCUGACCACACGUCUGCCUCCGGCCUGUUGGUUUGAAUGAGGGAGGAAUAUAAAGUGAGCAAACAAACAGCUGCAAAGUAAACACUGGAGGAUGUCCCUGUAUCCAUCACUCGAAGACCUCAAGGUCGACAAGGUCAUCAGGGCCCAGGGCCAGUUUGCCCAAUCGACCACCCCCAUGCCCCCCAUCACUGAAGGAACAUACCAGCCUGAGCUUGCUACUGCUGCGAUGCCAGGAUCCAGUUUGUAUCCAAAUCUGGAGGAGCUGGGCGAUUACAUGGGACUGGCACUUAACAGCGAUGAAGUCCAGAGGAACCUGGCCCUGGUGCCUGUGGCUGACAAUCAAGUGGCGGUGCCGUCUCUCUCAGGUGUUGGGGGGAUGGUGCGGCCAGUGACCGGUGCAGAUGUCGGCAUCAGGAGGGCUGAGAUCCGCCCAGGACUGAGGGAGAUCAUCCUCUGUAAGGACCAGGAUGGGAAAGUGGGUCUGCGUCUCAGGGCCAUUGACAAUGGAGUGUUCGUGCAGCUGGUGCAGGCCAACUCCCCUGCAGCCCUGUCUGGCCUGCGUUUCGGAGACCAGGUCCUUCAGAUCAACGGGCAGAACUGUGCUGGCUGGAGUGUAGACAAGGCCCACAAAGCCCUGAAGGCUGCGGCCGAGACCCGCAUUGAGCUGGUGGUCAGGGACAGGCCAUUUCAGCGCACCAUCACCAUGCACAAAGACAGCUCAGGCCACGUGGGCUUCGUCUACAAGUCUGGUAAAAUCACCUCUUUGGUCAAAGACGGCUCUGCUGCUCGCAACGGGCUGUUGACUGACCAUUACAUCUGUGAAAUCAAUGGGCAGAACGUUAUUGGACUCAAGGACUCUCAGAUCAAGGAUAUUCUGACUACUUCCCCGACAGCAAUGACCAUCACCGUCAUGCCCAAGAUCAUCUAUGAGCAUAUGAUCAAAAGGAUGUCUACUGGUCUCCUGCGGUCAGCCAUGGAUCACUCUGUGCCAGAAGUGUGAAGACAGCGAGGGCAGUUAAAUGUCAGGAUGUCUACAAUACAGAGAAUCUCUCUUCCUCUCUCUCUAUCACUCAUCUCUUUAGCUCUCUCCUUAUACCAAACCACCUCCUGCAUCACAAUCAUCGUUGUUGCCAUUUCUCACAUUUAACAUGUUCUUUAAAUGCCUUUUUUUCCCCUCUUCUUCUGUAUUGGUUAGAUUUUCGACAUCUUCCUCAUUUCUGUUGACAUUAGUGCGUUUUAUGUUAACCUUUUAGGCCGAGUAUACCAUGUUUGUUUUUCUCAUUUCAUAUUUGAAAUUAUAAACUAUACAGAAUAUUUUUUUAAGCCAUGCACAUGAUCAUGAGUACAGAGCUUCCUCCUCAGUGUGGAGAUAAAUCAUUGGCAUGUGAUUUGUCAGAAUGCUGUAACAUCCAGUGGUUGGUCAUCAGAGCCUAGAUUACAGCUGCGCUCUCAGUCCCGGCACUUGGCCCCUAAAGUGUGCACACAAAUAAUCUGCAGUGAACCCAACAUCUGGAGCCUCACGAAAUGUUUGCUAUAUCUUUGUUCUACAUUUCGGUGUGCAGCAUUUUUGCAAGUCCAGUAAAACUAAUAGGUUUUAGUUAAGGAAUGUGUAGUUGAUAGUCAGUGCUGAUCUUGGCUCAAGAAACGAUACCUAAUGUUUACAGUUCUUAAAAGGCUAAGAGCGUAAUCCAAGAUUGAACCUAGCAGUUUCUACUUGUACCAACAGAUGGCGAUGUGUCUCCUGUAUUGUUGCACCGCUUUUCCUGUGGCUGUGGCUGCAGGCAAAUACAACGCUUAGACCACAAUGUGCUGAGUUUGUAGGUACUGGGAACAAAGUGCACACUCAAGGGGGAAGUGUAGGGACAGAGGCAGCAGUGGAUGCCUGCUGCCCUAUCAACAAAGGAAUCAAAAAAAGGCAAGAUACUAGCGCAGAAAGCAAGGGUCUGGACUGUCAUUUUGUAGGUAAUGUUAUCUGUCUGUGCUGGGGGGGACCCACUAAGUGCACUUUCCACUGCCUUUUAAGAGGUCGUCUUUCCUGUUGUCUGUUUCAACAGUUGGGUCUAAUUGUUGUGCUUUUCUAUUGUGCUCGUGGUGCCUCAUGCUAUGAGAACUCAAAGUUGUAUGUUAACUAUGGGAAUCUACUCAAGUUCUAUGCUGAAUAUCAUCUGAAGGCAUUUAAAUUCCACAUGUUGGGUUUAGACAAUGAACCUGCUCUGUUAAGUGUCGUUCAAGGACUUCCCUCUGUAAUAUUCCUUCCCUUACUGAUGAGCUUGCUGCAAUUCCGCAGAGCUCACAGUUGUGAAUUUCUACUUCUGUAAAAUUUCUCCUUUUAAUGCUGUUCAUGUUUUGGAUGCAUGUAUUCCUUUAAUUUUAUAGGUAUGCGAUCUGAUAAACAUCCCUCAUCUGUAAAAAAAUGCUAGAAAAAAAAUCUAAGUUUAUAUACGAAUGUAACCAAGAUAAUAUUGUAAAACAAAUAAAGAGUCUUUCCGUC